UAGUGGUAUUAUGCCCGCCGUCCAACAGUUAGAAAAGUCUUCCAUCUGCCACAAAAAUAUACCCAAAAAAUAAAUGAAUAAAUGGCGGAGUCUGAGAUUGGUAAUGACCUUCAAGAGACCUUGAAGCCCUUCUAUCAGAGAGCCUCUCAAGCCGAGGAUCGUUUGUCAAGACUUGAAGCUGCGCUUGCAAGUAAGAAAGAUACUGGAAAUGUGGAACAUUUGAAAACAAUUAACGAGCUUCAGUCUAAACUAGAAGAUGCACAUGCUCAGCUAAUUUCAGAACGAGAAGAGGGUCGGAAGCUUGCUGCAGAAAAUGCUAAACUUCAAUACCGUAUUCACCAUCUUGUCCGGGCAGUACGGGAGUCCGACCAAAAGAUGGAGCAUUAAAAGUUAAACCAUGUGAUUUCGUCAUAGAGCAGAAGGUAGCAUAGACGUUUGAGCCUGGAGAUACACAAUUAUAUUUUGGAUGAGAGACGAUUAGCAACUCGUGCUACUAAAGCUUCGAAGGACCUGAUAAUGAUGAUGAUGCCUGCAUUGGUUUUCUUUUCAUUAUUAUUCUUCUUAUGGAAGUAACCUUGUAGUUUAACUAAAUUGCAUAGUUCCAGUAAUGUGCUGAAAAAUAUUUAUUAAAAUUUACAAGAACAAGGUGUUUCUUUUU